GUUUUCAAUGAGCUCGAUGCGUUAAGGCUCUCCAUUACGGUAACUUUUUAUCACAUUCGUUUGCUGAUUCAUUGGCAAGAAGUCCAAAACCAAUCCUGAAUUGUCAAGUUUUUAUUAAUUUGCUGCGAACUAUAUAUGGUGAAUGGAGCCAAGGCAUUAAAAGUAAAUUUCAGCGAGAGGACAAGUCUAGAACCCGUCUCGGACAUCGCAGUAUACAAGACCCGCAAAGAUUGAUUGGAAUAUUUCUUCCUCGUUUCAAUACACAAAUACAAACCCACCAUCUUUCUUCUCCCUUAAUUUUCUAGCCUUCAACGUCUUUUUUCCAAUCUUAAUAUCCAUCAGGCAUCGCCAUGUACUCCACAAACAACCCAAAGUCGACGCCUGUUUUUGGGCAACAGGCUCCAGUAACUGGUGUUCCGAUCGGUACCUCAACAAACCAGCCAUAUUAUCCUACUCAAAGUGGGAAGGUCCCUUGGUCGACAGGACUCUGUGACUGCUGCUCUGAUGUUCCAAAUUGUUGCAUCACAUGUUGGUGUCCUUACAUCACUUUUGGGCAGGUUGCUGAGAUCGUCGAUCAAGGAUCAAGUUCUUGCGGAGCAAGUGGAGCCCUCUACGGACUACUUUGUUCCUUCAUGGGGUGUGUUUGCGUUUACUCAUCCUUCUAUCGCACCAGAAUGAGGAGUCAAUACAUGCUGGAGGAUAGCCCCUACGGGGACUACUGCAUUCAUUUUUGCUGCGAGACCUGCGCCCUGUGUCAAGAGUACCGGGAGCUCAAAAACCGUGGAUUUGACAUGGCCCUUGGAUGGCAAGGAAACAUGGUGAGGCAGCAAAACAGUGGGAUGCCAAUGGCUCCAGUGGUGGAAAGUGGCAUGCGAAGAUAGUAAAGAGAGAUGAUCUCUUUCUUAAACAUGAUGAACUAACUACUUAUACUAGUUUUCAUCCAAAGGGAUUGUGAUAAUUAACAAUACAAUUUCACCUCUGGUUAUGCUUAAAUAAUUGUUGAAUUGCCAUAACAAUGUGAAUUCAAGUUUGUCUCCUUGCUGGUUUAUA